AACGCCACGUAAUUACGUGCAAUUGCAUGUUACGCGUCAUCUCACCACGAUCCGACAAUCGAAUUGCGAAUUUAAACGCCGCGGCCGUGCGCGGAGUGUAAUUACAGAACUCGGUGCGUCUCUCCGCUCGAUGACGACAUUGAGCGUAAUAACCGAACGUUCGCCGCGUUUAACGCCCAAGAUAUAUGGGGCAUGGAUACAGACAUCGGUUUAUCACUGACGACUCGCAAGUCGCGGCGAGACAUGCGCCAGCGUGUCGACCGCCCGCGCCGUUUUGACAGAGAUGUGUCGGCCCGUUCGAUCGGCCUCGCUCUAUAGGUCAAUCGGAAGAGUCGAUCUGCCGACGCGCGAAAAAGGAAAACGCUGCGAGAGGAAAGACAAACUCGAAUAUCAGAUGUCAAUACGCUACGUUAACUACGAUAUCGUAGCGCGACGUUUGUAUAUAACUUGGAUAGGUGUCGAUUGCACCACAAUUGGACACGGCCAAUAAAAUUAGUCAAAUUUAACCUAACCCACCCAAACUAAAGGCCGUAAGCGCCGUAAGUCAAUCGCAGUUGUUAUUGCGUUACGAGAAUGCUCGGUUGCGAUUGGUCGAUUUGCUUACGAUUACGACUAACAAUAAAACUUUUCUACGUGCAGUGGCCUUGAACAAUUAAUUUUUGUGUUUGGCUGUGGACAAACGGUACGCUUCCGUAUAAAUUCAUGGUCACGUGACAUUUCAGAACAUUACAGUCAUCUCACCUGCGCUUCAAGUAAACCGAUCGCAAAGGUUUCAUUAAAAUUAAGAUAAAUUCAGUUUCCGAAAUGUUUGUUGCUAUAUAAUAAUGCAAAGAAGCGAAGCUCUUGAAUAAGUCUUGGGCGAUACCGACUCGCUGGUAUCAGAAAACUGCUGUUCCGCGAGAUAGGACUUUGAAGUUAGAUGGGUAAGAACCGGCUGGACACGUUCCAGUCCAACAAGAUCAAAGCAAAAAGACUCGAUUGCGCAACUCUUCACGCAUUCAUGACCAAUUGAUCAACAUCGAUCGUUUAUACCAUUUAUGAUCGGACGUGACAAAUUAUCAUCACCCGCAGAGACAAGCGGAUAUCGAUAUUUAUGUAUUUUAUGCAGUUUACUCAACAAGAUGGCAAACUCGCUGCACGUGGGAUGUUAAUAGAUGACAGUUGAGUGAGAAUUGGUUCAUUAACGUCGAUUGACACUUUGCGCGCGAUGUCAUCUUUAUUAACAUAUCUUGCAGUUAAAAUUGAAUUCUUUUUAUAGCACGCGAUUUCAAAGACAACGGGGCAAUCAAAGUUUUAGGGAACUACUUUACUUCAGUUCGUGAGAAAAGAAAAGAUUGACCAACUGGUGCAUUGCAGCUUGUUGCAAACGUUCUACAGCAGUUCCGCAUCGUGUCGCAUCGUUACUAUCGACUAACAUCGCGACGUUACCGCGGUGAUGAGCCGCGUUCCGCUUAUCAAUAGGCUCGAGAACUCGUUUCACUACGUGAUAGUGACGACUCACGACGCGAUUUUAAUAUCGAGACAACAACCAGUAGUUACACCACGCCCAUCCAAAAUUGCGCGAGACAAAUCGUACGUGUAUACGCAUAUAAUACGCAUUUUCUUCCGUCUUUCCUUAAACAAAGUUUCUUCGAACAGCAUUCACAAUCUAUUACCGUGUACGUAAUCAUGAUUGCCUCUUUGACCGUACAUAAAUAAUCUCACGCAAUAGACGUUACGAGACGCGAUAUUGCAAUCGUGUGAUUGCAUAUAAUUAUAGCGCGCACUUGGAUAUACUUCGCUGAUCAUGGAUUAGUUUUUAUUACUACGAGUUUUUCACGGUCGCCGUGUCCGGCCUUAGCGCGCGUGAUUUGGAGACGCAGAGAAAAGAAAUAGCCGGAAAAUAUGGAAGGUAGAGCGUAACGCGCUACGCAGCGAACGACCGUGAUAUUUUGUUCCUUUCGAGCUUCGACCGUUCUCUCGGCUGUCGUACGCCUGGUAUCACCGAUACCUGCAAUCUCGUUGAGCCGUUAACCGCGGCAGCACGCAGUUUCCGGUCUCGUCCGGCCGAUGAAGUUAAUGGAGUUAAUUAUUUGUUUGCGCCGAUCUGCCCGUCCGCGUCGUGAGCCCGCUAAGGAAAGGACGCGAUACAGGUUCCCGAUGCUACAACUUUUAUAACGAGUUGCCGUUACCGGUUCGCGGUUUCCUGCGAGAUUUUUCUAACGAUACGGCAGAGGCUGUUCCGGUGCGGUAGUCUCUAAUCGACGAUUACACCUUGUAUUUAAUAACUCAUUAAUGCUUCUUCGAGUGAAACUUUACUCAGAACUGCGAUUCGAUAUAAUCUUUAUCUCGUAAAACCUUUUAGAGAACGUGUUGUGACGGAAAUGCUUGACUUUAAUUCCUUAACUUGUGAUUUUUACAUUACACGUAAGCAUCAUGAGACUAUACGAUGUUACCAUACGUGUUAUAUCACGACCAUUCAAUUUUUAUAUUUUAUUAUCCGAUAAUCACGCGAUACGUGAUCGAUGAUAUCGAUAUCAUCGGCCGUGGAAACGAGUGUCAGAAGUUAUUAGCCAAGACUCGAUUAAUAUAAUGGAUUCACGUCGGUUCGUGACAAAUGAUAAUGAUUCGUCUGCACGAUAAUAACUCGGUAAGGACAAAUGAUUGAAGGAAAAAAAGAAGUGAAGACUGAAGAAGUAUCAUGGGGUGAAGUUCGUAUCACGCGAUGUGAAUCUAUUAGUCUCAACGCGAGGAAAGACAUUGGAGAUAGCAUUUUGUCUAAGGCAGAGAUCUUACGUGUCCUCGAUAAGAAUCGCAAAUGCGAUUUCGCUACCUGGUGGAAUAUGCGUAUGUGCGUUCAUACAACUUUGCAAAUGCUUGGAGACUAGGAGGUGUAACGAUUUUUCACAAUAGCAUGCCUUGGAUGGGGCAAACGACGGUAAAUACGCGGUAAAUAGCAUUCUUAAACAAAUUCUUUGUCCAUGUUUUCCUUAGAACGUUCUCUCCGGAUCUAAGCAAGAAUCGUUAAGAAUCGUUAAGAAUCGUACACGAUGAAUCAUGGGAGAGCACGUGGAAUUUCUUGUUAAUCUAUAUAUAUAUAUAUUAUGAAUAAUUGUAAAAAGAGAUGUGUGCUAUACUAGUGAAUCGAUAUGUAAGAACUCCGUGGUAAUCCGUGGUAACGAACACACACAUACACAGAAACAUUAUUACAUUAUAAUGCAUAUACGAAUGCAUACACAGGUAUUUUUUGCGAUAGGAGUAGAGACAUAAUCGGUAGACACAUCCACCUAUUCCCUGUUGCGUACGUACGCGACUGCUUCGGCGAUAUGCAUACGUAUAGUGAUUCGAUGCAUUAUUCAGUAGCGGUGGUGGUAACGCCAUGCGCGGCGCGAUAACAACUAUAGCAUCUUCUCCGAGAAACACAGAAAUAGACGGUACACCCGUCCAUCAAAAGCGCUAGAGCGAGGCACGCACCCACGAAUGAAAGGAUUCAGAUUUCCGGCGACCGCCUCCGUUUUGCCUCGAUUAGCACGCAACGUCUGAUAAUUACUAUAUUGUGCGUACAUAAUUAAUCUGUGUAAUUAAAGCGCGAGCUUGACAACUGCUGGAAACCAGCGUGUGAAAAAGUGUAAGAAAAAUCGCUAUUAUACAAAGGCACUUUCAAGGCACGGUGAAGAUUACGAUAUGGUACUAUACAAUCAAGUCCAUUCAUAAAUGUAUUAAUACGUAUUAUGCAGAUAGGACGUUCUCGUGCAAGGGCUGUUAUCUAAAGACCAUUUAAGCGUAACGAUGUCGAAUCAAUAUCGCAUGAAACCACCAUGUAUAGAACUCGUUUUAAUUUUACAUUCGUCUAUAUCUUCAAUCUUAUUGUUCAUGUUACUGCUUUUCAUUCAAGUACCUAUGUACGACCCUGCUAUCUCUUGAGAGCUCUGUAAGCACGCUAUACAAACUUUUAUUGCCUGAAAAUCAUAUUGAAAACUUUUAUUCUGUCUAUGUCUCUCAAGAUAUGUGUGUUAGUCAUUCUAAAAUUAAAUUUAUAUUCAAGAUAUGACAUCCGUGUUUUUUGUUUUCAGAUUUCGUAAAGAUGAAAAACCAGACGAUGCGUCAUUUUUGUUCAACGAGGACGAUCUCCUAGGAAUGACACUAUGAAAGGAAAAGCUCACGACUCGACUACACAAGGUUUUGCGAAGCAGUAUCCCGGCUGUACAUUAUAUACCAGAAAAAAGUCGGGAGGAACGGCGAUUGCCGGAGGGUCAAGGUCAGGUCGCGGAAUUCUAGUGAGGACCCUCGUGUUCGUCUUCCUGGCUACGUUCCUCUGGCUUCAGCUUCACGUAAUUAGUUUAACAAGUCGAGAUGAUUCCGGACAAUCGUCAUCCAACGAAACUCUGUUUUCCCUCGUGCCUCAAGAGUUGCACAGAUUCUUGAAAGAGGGCCGCAAUGCAUCUACGAACGGCAGUUCGGGUGUGCUCACAGAAUUGGAGAUGGCAGAAAUCCGGCAUAAAAUCGAGAGGGCAAAUGCCGAACAGAGAGUGUUCAACGAGGAGGCGUUCGGGCCAUUGGCCAGCGACGCUCCGAUUAUCGUCGUCCAAGUGCACACGCGACUCACUUAUCUCCGGCACCUUAUCGUGUCACUGGCACAAGCUAAGGACAUCGAGCAGGCCCUUCUCGUAUUCAGCCAUGAUAUCUGGCAUCCCGAUAUCAAUUACCUCGUGCAGAGCGUCGAUUUUUCUCGGGUUAUGCAAAUCUUUUAUCCGCACAGCAUACAAACCCACCCUCGAACGUUUCCCGGAGAGGGAGCCAACGAUUGUCCACGAAAUAUUCGGAAGGAACAGGCUUUAAAUCUAAAGUGCACCAACGCCAAGCAUCCGGAUUUAUACGGCCACUACAGGGAAGCUAAAUUUACACAGACCAAGCAUCACUGGUGGUGGAAAGCGAACAGAGUGUUUGAUCAAUUGUUAGUAACGAGGAAUCACACCGGAAUGGUGCUCUUCCUCGAGGAGGAUCACUACGUCGCCGAAGACUUUUUACACGUGCUCAGACUCAUGGAGCGCACUUGCAAGCUCAGUUGCGAGAGAUGCAACGUUCUGUCGUUGGGUACAUAUUUAAAGACGUACAACUAUUUUACGGAUUUUAGUCGUAAGUUCCUCGGCGUCGAUAGCGCGCUGCAAAGGGAGCUGCUGCGUGGACUGAAGCGGCAGGAUGUACAGGCGAUGACGCAGAGGCAACAUAUCGGCAACGGGGUUGGUCGCAUCGUCACCGUCCCCGGCGCUGGCGACGGCGUUAACGCCGGUAACGGCAUCGGUAACAGAAGUGGCAGCGCUAUCGGUAGCGGUGUGUCAGUCGCCGCCUCUCGGAACGCGAACACGAUGCAAGCGGCGCCCGGGUGGGCCUUCCAACUUCUGCCCAGUCUCUACAAUCACUAUCAGAAGGCGGAAGUAACACCGUGGAUAUCCAGCAAGCAUAACAUGGGCAUGGCGUUUAAUCGCGUCACAUGGAACAAGCUGCGGAAAUGCGCGGCGCAAUUCUGCUCGUACGACGAUUACAACUGGGACUGGAGUCUGCAGUAUAUCGCGCAGACCUGCUUGCCGCCUAGUCGAGGCGCAGGGAUCGCACCUCGCGUCGAGUCUGGAUUAAUCACGAUGACGAUGAGAGCUCCGAGAGUCUUCCAUAUCGGAGAAUGUGGGGUGCAUCAUAAGAAGAACAACUGUGAAUCAACGGCGGUGAUAGCAAAGGUCCAAAACGUCUUGAAAGCAGCACACAAUCAUUUGUUUCCUUCGCAAUUAACGUUAACGGUUGCCGGAGUGGCAAAGAAAACCAAACUUCGGAAGGGCAACGGCGGCUGGGGAGAUGUUCGAGAUCAUCAACUUUGCUGGAACAUGACUGUAUAUCCAGAUUUGGUCCUGCCUUAAAAACUGCAAAUCUCACAAAUCUCACAAAUCUCACAAAUCUCACAAAUCGUACGAUUGAAUCGCUGAUUACUAAGCGCGAUUAUGAAACAUUCACCAUAGGCAAUGUUUAACGAACGUAAUGCAACAAGGACUAUCGAGGAAUCUCCGUUAUUUUAUAAAUCGGUUUCGCACUGCGCGUUAUCAUCGCUGCCAACUGUGAUCGUAAAAUGAGGAUUGUUAGGCCGCUGUCACUGCCGCGAACGAGAAUUUCUUUCAAUAGGAGUAAUCAUAGACGUUUCGGCGUGAUAAGGAUAAAAGCAGCAAGAUUGACUAAUGAGCUCUCAAAUCGAUGCUGAAAAAGAUGCAGUAUUUACGGUAUUUAAUUUGUCGAUUCGUUGAAUUUCGUGUCCAUCGUGAUUUACGCAAGACGCAUGAUGAAAAUGCAAGAAGCUGCUUGCUAUACAAUAAAUUGACAAAGAAUACAUUUUGUGUAAAUGAACACGCAUUCGAUCAACUCAACACUGCGUUAAAAGUAGUACAACAAAACGAUUGAUGAUGAGAUGUCAUUUCUUCAAGGGACGUUACUUUGUUUCAAAGCAAUGUUACUAGAAGAAUGAGUAAUCUUGUAGGCUAUGUGCACGAAGAGUAUUUGAUCUAAGGCUUAAAUGAUAUAUUAUUAAUAUUAUAAGGGCCUAUGACAAAACUGAGUCGUUCAAAACGUUAUCUUAUGUAUAUUGUCUUUCUUAAAGACAACACAGAGAGAGAGAGAGGAAGGCAUUGUACCUUCUCCAACUUUACGAUGGAAUUAACAUUUCUGCUUCCCGACUAGUUGCUAUCUACUAUUUUUGAGAUCUAAUGCUCAGUGGCGUUAAUCAGCAUCGUGAUCGCGAGAUACGCUCAUCAUAUUCUAGUCAAUGUGUAUAAUGUCACACUGAAGCCGCAGGUAUUUAAUAAUCGAUUGUAGAAUAUAAGCUCGUAAGAAUUAAGGAUUUACACUUACCGCUAGUGAUACUCACAGGCGCUGUAACAUCGUGUAACGACCUCGGGGAUACGAACGUAAUGAAUGUCAUGUACCUUUUAUAUUUAUAACAGUAACAAAAAACCAACGAAUAAAUAGAAUUCGUUAAAA